GCUUGAUUCAUACAUGGGCAUGUAAUAGUAGUUGUUGGACUUGGCACUUGAGAUGAGAUGAGGGAAGAGAAGAGUAUGAGUGAAUAAAGAGAUGGAUGUGAGAGAGUGAGGUGAUUUUGGAUCCAAAAUCAGACCCAAGGCAAAAUCCACACACAUUCAAACCGUUCUUUCUCUCCUUUACCCCAAACAACAAGCCACCCUUCAUCCCAUUCAUUCCUCACACACACUCUUCUUCACACUGCCUCAAAUUCCACAAUUCCGAAUCUCGCCGCCACCAAUCCGCGGAAUCCUUUGAGCUGAGACGCCCCACGCUACGCUACUUGCUGGCUGGGCGCUUUUGCUCGCUUCCACACUCUCUUCUCCGCCCUCCUCUGGGAUUGCGAAUCGCAGAUUGAUGUCGCAGCUAUUUAGUUCAAAGUUGGCUGGUGCAGGAUUGGUGAUGUAUACUUACUGAACCAAGAUGGCAUUCGUAACAAAGAUAAAAUGGGUUGUUCUUUCUGUAGUCACUUUAUCUGUGGCAUCUAUCAUCAUUCAUCUAUCUUUGGCAAAGUUGUGGUCCGUUAACUUAGUGCAAUAUAAAGCACUACCCAUUCUUCCUGAAGAUUUUGGGUUUGUAUUGGGUAGACAGGUUAUAAAAAAUAAGAAGCUAUGGGGUUCCAUUGAGUCUUUGGAAACAUUACAACCUAAUGCCAAUGCUAGAAGCAAUUAUUCUGUUCCAAAGGAGCAUAGCAAUGGUUUCAUAUAUGCUAAAGUUUUCGGUGGGUUUGCAAAAAUAAGAUCAUCGAUCCCCGAUUUGGUUGCUAUUUCUAGACUUUUAAAUGCUACUCUUGUCAUUCCUGAAAUUCAAGAAAGUACUCACUCAAAAGGAAUUAGCUUAAAGUUCAAGAGUUUUUCCUAUCUUUACAAUGAGGAGCAGUUCAUAGCAUAUCUAAAAAAUGAUGUAGUAAUUGCAAAGAGCCUGCCUGAAAGUUUGAUGGAAAGAAGAAAACGAAAUGAAAUUCCUACAUUUAAGCCCACAAGUUCAUCUUCUCUAAACUUUUACCUCAAAGAAAUUUUACCAAAGCUAAAGAAAUCAAAGGUUAUUGGAUUAGUUAUUGCCAAUGGAGGAGCUCUACAGUCAAUACUCCCAACUGGUAUGGCUGAGAUUCAGAGACUAAGAUGCAGGGUUGCUUUUCAUGCCCUGCAAUUUCGUCCCGAGAUUCAAACGCUUGGCCGUCGAAUGGUUCACAAGUUAAGAGCCCUGGGACAACCAUUUUUGGCAUUCCAUCCUGGCUUAUUGAGAGAAACCUUGGCAUACAAUGGUUGUGCGGAACUUUUUCAGGAUGUGCACACUGAACUCAUUCAACAUCAAAGGUCUCGGAUGAUAAAGGAAGGAAUUCUUAAGGACGAAUUGAAUGUGGAUUCACGCUUACGUAGAGAGAAAGGUCUAUGUCCUCUCAUGCCUGAAGAGGUUGGCAUUCUUCUUCGAGUAAUGGGUUAUCCUUCCAAAACAGUCAUUUACCUGGCUGGCUCUGAAACAUUUGGAGGUCAACGCGUGCUAAUUCCUUUGCGGUCUAUGUUUAUGAAUACUCUGGAUCGCACUUCCUUGUGCAGUGAGAAGGAGUUGUCGGAUUUGGUUGGACCUGAAACUCCUCUUCCUCUAAAUAGGUUUGAACCACCUCCUGUGAAAAGUGAGAAAGAACUCAAGGAAGCAUGGAAGAAGGCUGGCCCUCGGCCUCGACCUCUUCCCCCACCCCCGGAUAGACCAAUUUAUCAGCAUGAAAAAGAAGGUUGGUAUGCAUGGAUCACCGAGACCCCUACUGAACCUGAUCCUUCCCCAAUGGACCUGAGGAUGAAAGCACACAGGUUACUUUGGGAUGCGCUUGAUUACAUUGUUUCUUUGGAAGCAGAUGCCUUCUUUCCUGGAUUUAACAAUGAUGGUAGUAGAUGGCCAGAUUUUUCAAGCCUUGUCAUGGGGCAUCGACUGUAUGAGACUGCUUCUUUUAGAACAUACCGACCAGACAGGAAAGUGGUGGCGAAACUUUUCAACAUGACUCGUGAAAAUUUGUACCAUCCUAAACAUAAUUGGACGACUUUAGUGCAGCAACAUCUUAACAAAAGUUUAACUGAAGAAGGUCUCAUAAGGCAAUCCCUUUGGUCAAAACCAGCAAUUUUCCUUUCACAUCCACUUCCAGAAUGCUCCUGUAGAAUAGAUUCUACCAAGACUACUAAUCGUGUCAAAGGUGAGGAUGGUCAGGUUCUAUAUGGAGGCGAAGAUGUUUGCCCCAAAUGGAUGAAACAUGCUAAUGAGGCAGUUUCAUCGGAGAAAGAAGGGGUCAAAUCUGAAGAUGAUGGGGUGGCAGACUAUGAAAGUAAUGAUUUUGUUGAUGAGUCUGAGUCUGACAAAAACAGUACCAAAAGCAAUCAGACUCCACUCUGGGAUCAAGAUGAGGAAAUGGAUCCAAAUGACUAAGAGGAGAUGUCCAUAUAUAGUUAUACAUCAUCCAAUUUUUCCAUAAUUUGUCAGAGGUAUAGGUUAUAACUUCGACUCACAAUCCUAUCUUUGCUGAGCGUAUAUGGGUAUUCAAAUCUAUUCUUUCAUUAAAUUUGGGUUAUUUUUCCAAGGACCAAGGGAACAUUUUUCUUUUUAUUUUUUACUUUAUACUUACCACUUCCAGCGGAAUUUUUGUUGUAACAUACACAUUACAAAAAGAGAAAAAAAAAAAAUCAGCCAUCGGCUUAAUUGGAGCACAAAAGAUGUAGUUUCGAAGAA